UGUUUGUGCUUCCACAAACGCACCAUCGAAGUAAUUUCACAUCGAGGGGAAAAAAGUAGUCUGCGCGCAAGAGAGGGACCGCUGCUCGCAAAUUAUGGACGAGGAGAGCAUGACCAAAAGCGACGAGCAUCUUCUGAGUUUGCAAAAAGCCUUGCAGCAGUGCGAGCUGGUGCAAAACAUGAUUGACAUCAGCAUCUCCAGCUUGGAAGGUUUGAGGACCAAAUGUGCCACAUCCAACGACUUGACACAAAAAGAAAUCCGGACGCUGGAGGGUAAGCUGGUGAAGUAUUUUAGUCGGCAGCUCUCUUACAAGCGUAAAGUGCCCUUACAGGAGCGGAAUGUUGAGCUGGACGGAUUCCCUCGACUGGGACACUGGUUUCGCAUUGUUAACAUCAGGAAAGAGGUUAUUGAGGAAAUCGGGCCAGGGGAGCUGAAGCUGGAGGCUCUGUUGGACAUUUCUGAUGAGCAGGUGUCUGAGGCGCUACAGAAGUUCGGAGCGAGCGAUGAUGAGUGUGCGCGCCUCAACGCCUCACUCACAUGUCUACGAUCUGCUCACAAAUCAGAACAACUGGAGGAUGAUAAGCUGCAAAGUAACGGAGGAUCCAGCAGUAACCAGCCUAAGCAGGACUGGUCCAUUCAGUGGCCCACUUCUGAGUCGGGUAAAGAGAACACCCCGGUGGGGCAAGCCGACCACAGUCAGUGGGUGCGUCUCCAGCUCUCCCAGAGUCCUAAACUGCACUCCCGCUAUAGUCAACACUUGUGCCAGAGCCCUCAGGCGCUGGCGCCUCCCUUCUUCUCCCAGCAUCCACAGUCCCAGACGGACCGGCUGACCGUAGACACUCACUACGGCCUCUUCCCCUCCCCUCUGGAAACCGGACAUCACUCUCUUCCUCCCUCCCCCAGACAGAGGCACUUUGCUUACACACCUCCACGGACUCCCUUAGUAGUGAACACCAUGACCCCUCCAGGGACGCCACAGGUCAGGCGCAGGAAUAAACUGAAGGCCCCCGGAACACCACCGCCUGCCAACCGGAAGCUCAUUCACCUUCUGCCGGGGUUCACUGCUCUGCACCGCAGUAAAUCUCACGAGUUUCAACUUGGGAACAGAAUAGAUGACGCACAGACGCCCAAAGCAAAAAAGAAGACCAAGCCCUUAAACCUGAAGAUCCACAGCAGCGUGGCGGGAAGCUGCGAGAAUUUGCCCACCCAACGCUCUCCACUCCACUCUGAUCAUUCUCUGCGCUCCUUCUUUUUCCCCAAUUUCGUCCCUUCGACGCCCCCCGUGCACUCGGACACCCCCUCAGCAAACACCCUCUCCGUUCCUCGCUGGUCCCCUCAGAUACCACGCAGAGACCUUGGCAACUCCAUAAAACACAGGUUUUCCACAAAGUACUGGAUGUCACAGACGUGUAUCGUGUGCGGGAAAGGAAUGCUGUUCGGCUUAAAAUGCAAAAACUGCAAAUUGAAGUGCCACAACAAAUGCACCAAAGAAGCUCCACCUUGCCAUUUACUCAUUUACCACAGAGGAGAUCAAGGGACGUCUCAAACUCGUCAACUCGUCAGGACCGAGUCGGUACCAUGUGACAUAAACAACCCCCUCAGGUACUCAGAUCUGCACAUUAGCCAGACUCUCCCUAAGACCAACAAAAUCAACAAGGACCACAUCCCCGUACCAUAUCAGCCCGACUCCAGCAGUAACCCCUCCUCCACCACCUCCUCCACCCCAUCGUCCCCGGCACCCCCGCUGCCUCCCAGCGCGACGCCCCCCUCUCCCAUGCACCCGUCCCCACAGAGCGCCAGACAGCAAAAACAGUCCAACCUUACAGCAUCUCAUUACUACAAAUACAAGCAGCAGUUCAUCUUCCCCGAUGUGGCCCCCGAGGUCCCCAGCAGGACCCCUCAGGUCAUUCUGCACCCUGUUCUUUCUGAGCCCGGUACCAAAGUAAGUCCUCUGCUGCAGAUUGAGGUCGAGCCAACAUCUGAUAACGAGGAAGGCAACGAUGAGGCUGAGGGCUCGGCAGACGAGUUCGAGGAGAUGAAUCUUUCCCUUCUGUCUGCGCGCAACUUCCCACGCAAGGCCAGCCAGACCAGCAUCUUCCUGCAGGAGUGGGACAUUCCCAUGGAGCAGCUGGAGAUCGGGGAGCUGAUCGGCAAAGGCCGCUUCGGACAGGUGUUCCACGGACGAUGGCACGGCGAGGUGGCCAUACGGCUAAUCGACAUUGAAAGAGACAAUGAAGAACAGCUGAAAGCCUUUAAAAGAGAGGUGAUGGCGUACAGAAACACGCGGCACGAGAACGUGGUCCUGUUCAUGGGAGCGUGUAUGAGACCGCCUCAUCUGGCCAUCAUCACCAGUUUGUGUAAGGGCAGGACCCUGUAUUCAGUGGUGCGAGAUGCAAAAGUUGUCCUCGAUGUCAACAAGACCAGACAAAUUGCGCAGGAGAUGGUGAAGGGGAUGGGUUAUCUACAUGCCAAAGGAAUCCUUCACAAAGACAUGAAGUCGAAGAAUGUAUUCUAUGACAAUGGGAAAGUUGUCAUCACAGACUUUGGCCUGUUCACCAUAUCUGGCGUUUUACAAGCGGGCAGUAGACGGAAGGAUAAGUUGCGGAUCCCGAGUGGCUGGCUGUGUCAUCUCGCUCCCGAGCUCAUCCGUCAACUUUCCCCUGAGACAGCAGAAGACCAGCUUCCUUUCUCCAAACAGUCGGAUGUCUUUGCGUUUGGCACUAUUUGGUACGAGCUUCAUGCGCGUGAGUGGCCCUUUAAGAACCAGCCGGCUGAAGUCAUUAUCUGGCAGGUGGGGAGUGGAAUGAAGCCCAACCUCACACAGAUCGGCAUGGUCAAGGAAAUAUCUGACAUUCUGCUGUUCUGUUGGGCGUACGAACAAGAGGAGCGACCCAGCUUCUCCAAGCUCGUCGAACUUCUGGAGAAACUCCCCAAGCGCAACCGUCGCCUGUCGCACCCCGUGCACUUCUGGAAAUCAGCUGAGUAUGUGAAAUGAGCUAAACUCCAAACUAAACGGAACAAUCGUGAGAUAACAUUUAAAACAAAGACUCAACGUGGCUAAGAAAGCCCAACACGUGUGGGUUGCUACUGAAUGGUGCAUGUAUUCUGCUGUAUUUUGCGACGUUUCCUAAAGCGCAGUGAUGAUUUAGCAUUCUCAGAGCACACGGUAUUUCCUGCUGUAUCGUUUGAUCAUUAAACGAAGACUUUCUUUCUUUUUUUUGGCUUAAUCUGUUUGCAUUUCGCAACUGCUUGUAAUUAUUUCUCAUUGUUAUCUUUGAACGAAGAAGUGCUGUUUUGGUGAAUGUUGCUUUCUUUCGUCGACAAUGCAUUUUUAUAAACAAUUGAAAGUAGUUUUUACUGUAAGUUUUUUGUCUGUAUUUUUAUUUUAUUUUUUAGAUUCAAUCAUCGGAUGAAUGUAUUUAUUUUGUGCUUGUUAAAAAUGUAUCCUUGAUUUGUUUUGAUUUUCGUUUAUUCACGGCCCAUCAGUGUUUCAGAGUUACAUUCUGCCGUCAUUCUGCCAUCUUUUGUCGUUUGGUUUUACGCGCAUCACCAUAAAGGGAGGUGUAUAUUCCAGAAUGAGAACAAUUUAUUUUCCCUACUACGUCGGCGUUGUAGAUAAGGUCGCGUGAAAAGCCAUCUCUCAUUUGCGUGGCUAGCAUUGCCUACGUUUGCGUACGGCGGCGGCGUAAUGAAACGUGUCGCCCCGAGCCACGCGUGUAUAUUAUCGACAAUUGAAUUGUAUCAUGCCUAACUGUGACAAAACAGAGUUACCUGGGUUAAAAUGCUAUUCCUGAGCCUACCAUGAAAGGGAUAGAUAAUCGUCCGUAUCUAUCACACUUUUGCUUAAGAAUGUUUUGGCAGAUUUUCAAGCUUUGCGUUGUUUAUUGCUUCACAUUCUUGUAUUAUAAAGAAUAAAAAAUUAGUAAUAGUGCAAUUUUUCUUCGCACACGCAUUUGUGUAUUAUUAUCACGUCUCAUAAUAUGACUGUUGCAUGUUGCAAGUUAUGGAGUGUCCGUGUUGUAACACAGAACGGCGUUCCCGUCAACACGCGCGCGAAAGUUCGAUUCAGUCUCUUAAGUUUGGUGUCGCUAGUUUGGUAUGGCUUAAGAAAAAAAGCUUCUCCUUCAUUUUGCUGGUACAGACAAUCUUCUCACAUGGUGCCGGUGUCAAAUGCUCACAAACUUGCUGCUGUUAUUUUUUUCAAGUAUAUUUUAUGAUGUGGCUAUGUGGGCGUUUAUAUUUGUACGGUUGAGCAUUUUUACAUGCAUGAGAACAUUUUUAAGACAUUCAUGCUCCGGGAUGCUACGACAGGAUAUGUGAUGAUGUAAGAAAGUAAUAACAAAUAUUUUAAGAUAUGUAUCAGGCCUGGCAAGGCACAGAAUCUAUACAUAUAUAAACAUGGUAUAAUGUUUAUAAUUUUGAGGAAGUGUGUUGAGACGCUGGAAAUGAUUGGGAAUGUGGGUAAUGAAAAGAUAAAAUGGGAUUUUAUUAACAACCAUGAUAAGGAGCUUCCAUAUCAGGGCUAUUUAACAGGCUGUAGACUUUGCUUAAUAAUCUGUUGCUGUAAUUAAUAUUACAAUCAUUAAAUCCGACCUCAUUUCCAUGGACUGAAUUAUUUCUGCAUCAUUAUGAAUGUAUGAAUUGUGUUCUCUCACUGUGUGUGUGAGUGUGUAAUUUAUUUUUCUUGGGCAUUUUGUUUGGUGGUCAUGGAUUAUUUAUGAACACUUUUCCAUCACUCUGUUUUAUGUUACUUUUCUGAAAAUGUUGUUGCAGGUUUAUUUGACGCCUCCAUGAUUGAGUUUUUGUGUGUAUUUCUUGUAAGUAUAUUAAAGCUUGUAUUGGCUCAUGGCUUAGCGACUGGUACUCAUCUUGAGCUUUCUUUACAUUCAUCCUUUAUGAAGAUAUAUGAAAAUAAAAAUGUGUUGAUUUUGAA